AUGGCUAGCAGUUUUCGGAAGUGCGGUAAGUCUACCGUUCGUAACAUACCAGGAGCUAGGUUGUCUUUGCAGAACACUGAAACCGUUUUGUCGUGCGGGAUCGAGGCAGUAGAUUACAUUCUCGGCGGUGGUCUGCCUGUCGGUGGCAUUUUUGUCCUAGAAGAGGACUGUUUUGCCACGUACAGUAAACAGGUAGUGAAGUAUUUUGUCGCCGAAGGAAUUGUGCAGAAUCAUAAGGUGUAUUUUGCCAGCGGCGAAGCCGAUCCCCAGAAGUGGCUUCGGGAGCUUCCGAGGACUCAAUCCUGUACCACAGGCGCAGGAGUACCAUCCAGCAGUGAAGGCGACCGGGAUCUUAAAAUUGCAUUUCGUUAUGAUAGCCACCCAAAACAAGAGUCUUUACCGGCACAAGAUACCACUGGGCGCUAUUUUGAUUUCACCGAAAGAAUCGAACUUGAAAAACUUGCUGCUGCGCAAGUGAUAACGUACGGCCCCUGCCAGAAAAGUGAGAAAGCAUGCCAGUCGCACGCAGGGAUCAUGGGCGCUGAAUACAUGUCGCUACUGAAAGACAUAAGCUCAAGCCUCAAGGACAUUAAGACACCAGAUGGCUCAAUUACCAACGUCCUGAGGGUAUCAUUGAAUGGUUUGGGUUCAGCUGCUUGGGGCAUACCAUGUCAGCUUCCAGCUUUUCUCUAUGCCCUGAAGUGCAUCGUUAGAGAAGAACCAACAACAGUACUCGUCACUGUGCCGUCACAUUUGGCUGAGUGCUAUCCAUCUGUCUCCCUUCAGUGUCGAAGAAUUGCGGAUAUAGUCCUUAGGCUUGAAUCCUUCAGUGACUGCACAAGAUCUGCAAAUCCAUUGUUUAAAAACUACCAUGGGCUUCUACAUUUUGCCAAGAUCAGUCGAACAGCGUCCCACAGCUAUCAAAUGCCAGGCUGCGAUUUCCUCUUCCACCAAAGAAGCAAGAAAUUCCUUAUCGAGAAGCUUCAUCUCCCACCUGAUAUUGGUGGCUCCAUUGAUGAAAAAGCGUCGGAGCGAAAUGUGGGACCAGCCUGUGGCGAGAACACGAAAUUUAGUUUUUGAACCUCUGUUGCAUGAUCGAAAACUAUCCAGGCAUUGUAAAGUGCCAUAUGAUGUAUGCUUGCUCUGCUGGUGCUGGUUAUAAAGCUGAUAUAAGGCUCA